GUUAUUUUAGUUAAUGUCACUUUUUGUCAUAUUCAAAUUUCCCGCCGUUCCGCCCCCAUAUGUCCCGACGCUCGCAGGGGACAGAACCCAGAAAACAGAUGCCGGCAUCCGCCAGAGGACAUUGCCGGGGACACUGCAGGAGGGACAUCGCGGGAGCGCAGGACACGGUAAGUGAUCGAGGGAUCCCGGAGCAGCGCCGCAUAGUAAGCCCGAGUGUAGCUUGUGGUACUGAAACUUUACCCCGAGCUACACUCGGGAAUACUGCCAGGGAGGUUACCUUCUUAGGUGUUCCUUUUAUUCUAUUUUUUGAAAGUGCAAAAUUUCAUGCAGCUCUACAUCAUAGCCAAUCAGCUUCCAACUUCAGCUUGUUCAAUUAAGUGUUGACAAAACAAACCUGGAAGCUGAUUGGUUUCUAU